AUGCAGCCAGGCCCAUCGGCUGAAUUAGAGCCAGAGAAAGUUUUCUUUUCGCUAACUCCGGAGCAGGGGUCGGAGUUCCGGGGCUGGCGGGACUGGCGGGACUGGCGGGGCUCGCUUCCAGCCUUCCAGGUACGGAUCCUCAGCCAAGCUCCGCGGCCCUCUAAGCAUGCACCUGGCACAAUUGUGCGACGAGAGGGCUAUUACCCCCAUCACGCCAUCGACGAGAUCUGCUAA